AUGAGCGCCGCAGCAAUAUGGUGGAAGUCGAUGAAACAGUGGCCCAAAGAAGUCUGGCUUAUAUUCUUAUUGAAGUACCUAGAGUCUUACGCCUAUUUCGUAUUCGCUUACACCUUGAUAUUGUUCCUCUCGGACGAGUUCGGAUUCUCUGAUGAGGAAGCUGGCUGGAGUUACGGUUUUUACGGUAUGCUAGUUAGCGUGUACGGAUUUAUAAUGGGCACAGUUAUCGACACCCUAGGGCCACGGUGGUCCCUUACGGGUGGUAUGAGUAUACUGCUAGUAUCCAGGCUUGUGAUGGCAACGACUUACUCAACUCACGUACUUGCUGCAGUCCUUUUCACGGUCCUGCCCAUUGGUGGCGCUUUAGGCAUACCUGUGAUGCAAAUAGCCAUCAAACGUUUCACAGAGGGAGAGGACCGUUCCACCGCGUUCUCGAUGUUUUACGUAAUUAUGAACGUAGCAGCCAUCACUGCGGCCCCGUGCAUUGAUGCCUUCCACCGGGCUUUCCCGCGUGGAGUCGUCUUGACCUUAGCUGGUGGAGACGUCCACAUAACAGUGUCCAGCUAUCGUAUCCUCUUCCUUACUGGUGCAUUCGUCACAGCUCUCUGCUUGGUUAUAUGCCUGCUCUUCCUGAAGGACCCUCCUGCGGAAUCCAACGCUGGGCGAGAGAAGGUCCCCAGCCAGAUGUUUCAGGAGGUCAUGGCCAGUGACGGCUUUUGGCGGUUUCUGCUACUAGUCGUACUGUUGAUGGGAGUACGAGUAAUUUAUCGUCAUAUGGAUGCCACAUUCCCUAAGUAUAUGGUCCGAGAGUUCGGCCCUGAUGCCCUCUACGGCACCAUUAUCGCUCUCAAUCCUCUAUGUGUGGUGCUUUUGGUCCCCCUAUUGUCACCACUAGCUCUCAAAUAUCACCCGCUGAAGCUCAUAAUCUUCGGCGCUACAGUGACGGCUAUCUCUCCAUACUUCCUCGUCAUGGGCCACACCUACAUCACGUGCGUGUGCUUCGUCCUAUGCCUCUCCCUCGGUGAGUCAAUUUGGUCACCUCGCCUGUACGAGUACACGGUUUCCAUUGCAGAGGACGGUCGAGAGGGGACGUACAUGGCGUUGGCUUCUACUCCUAUGUUCGUGGCUACACUGUUCACUGGAGCGGUAUCGGGUUGGCUUCUUGAUACGCUGUGUCCAGCCAGCGGUAUACGGCAUGCAGAGUUCAUGUGGCUACUGAUCGCUCUAGGGAGUACCAUUUCCCCGGUUCUUCUCUUCGUCUUCCGAGACGCGAUUGCCGGUAGCAAGUUGUCGGAAUUAGAAUGGCCAGUAGCGAAGCAUCAUGAGGGGGCAGAGCCUGAGCGGACUACUACCACAACUUCGAGUAGCAGCAGCAUUGUAACAUAG